AUGAGCCGCCGGGAUGCCAUCUUUGUGCUGUUGACCAACCAGGUCGGCCUCGGUGUUUUGUCACUCCCCGGGGUGUUGAAAACCCUUGGCCUUGUUCCGGGCACUGUCGCAAUCAUCGGGCUGGGCUGUCUUUCCUGGUACACGGCGUUUGAGCUCAAGCUGUUUUACGACCGCCACCCGUAUGUGCUCAACAUCGUCGAUAUGGCCCGUAUCGUCGGCGGACGAGGCUUCGCAUGCGUGACGGCGUUCGGCAUGAUCCUCCUGGUCGUCAUGACCGCCGCGUCGGCCUCUGUGACCUUCUCCGUGGCGCUGUCGCUGCUCAGUGAUGAUGCACUCGGCUCGACCGCAUUCAUCGGUAUCGGCUGCAUCUGCUGCUGGAUUCUCUGCGUCCCUCGUACAGCGAGAUUCGUGUCGCAGAGCGGCAUUCCAUCCUGCAUUAGCAUCCUGGCCGCUACCAUUGUUGUGAUAGCCGCCUUGGGAGCUGGAAAGCCUGUGAACGCCCCAGCUGAAUGGAGGAGAGCGCCUGUUUGGUUCGCGAACCCCUCAUUCAGGGACGGCCUGAACGCUUGUCUCAAGAUCUGCUACGCCUUCUCCGGCAAUGUCAGCUUUGUGUCUUAUAUGGCCGAAAUGACCAACCCGCAAAGAGACUUCAACGCCGCGCUGACCUGGCUCGAAGCUAGUUCCAUCGGCUUCUACGUAUUUGUCGCAGUAUCCAUCUACUGCCUUGCCGGCGAAUACACGACAUCGCCUGCGCUGGGCUCGGCUCCCGGGACAUUGGCUCAGAUUGCUUACGGCCUUGUCAUUCCCUCGGUUCUGUCGAAAGGCCUUGCCUUUGGCCACACAGGAAUCAAGUUUGUUUACGUCGAAGUCAUGAAGCACUACGGUAUUGUGGAUGAGAUGUCGAUCAACACGACCAGGUCAUGGUCAAUUUGGAUGAGCAUCGCCACGGCGUUUUGGACGUUGUCUUUUGUCCUGUCGAUUGCGAUUCCUGUUUUCGAUUCCAUCGUCUCAAUGACCUCGGCGGUCACGAUAGCUUGGUUCUCAUUUGGGAUUAGUGCUAUCUUUUCCCUUCACAUGAAUGUCAAGUUCUGCAGUUGGCAGAAUGCCUCCUUGACUCUUUUCAACAGCCUUCUUAUCAUCGGUUCACUAUUCCUCAACGGUGCAGGCCUGUGGUCUUCGACAACGGAGCUGAAUGACGCUCUAGUUUAUAGAGGCGACGACGUCGGCUAG